CUGCGCGUAUACCUAUAUAGUUAUGUACGUUCUCUCGCCGAAGAGAGACUCGUCGGAGCUCUCCGCGCACUGCAUGCUGCAGUAGUAGCCGAGAUACGCCCUGGAUCGAUCGGAUAUAUUAUAUUCUUGUUCCUCGGAGGAAAUAUUCUUCUUUCCUACAUGCUUGGCUGACUUUUACUACCGGUUCCUCGAGUGUACGUAUACUAGAAAUGCCGGUACUACACUCCGACCUCCAGAGCUGAGUACAGCCGUAUAUUUACGUUACAGGCGACGGACAGUGUGUAUAACGUGUUCUAUAUAUAGCUAUAGAGCGCGCAUGGGCGAUAGAAUGACAUGUGCUGCUGCAGCGCAACCAUUGAGUGUCGCCUGUUGCAUGCUAUAUUUCGCUGCAGUCUAUAAGCUGUACGCCAUGUGGUUUUUCUCCGCCGAGUAGAUUUGGAAAAGCAGACUCCACUCUUCUCUGAGGGCGAAUGGAGUUUUGGAGUUUCUGAUGUCAACAAACGAAGGAGAGGAACGCCAGGUUUCAAAUGUUCAAAUCUAGGAAGUGCUUGGCCAGCCCACAGUUUUCCUAUAGAUGGCAGUCUAUUUUUACUGUUUUUUUCAUUGGUGCUUUUUAUGUGAACAAUGGAGCUAGCGUUAUACCAGAGGCUAGUCAAGAAGGGCCCCUGCGCUCUUUCAAAAGCUACGAUGACAUUGUCAUGUUUCACUUUAAUGUGCCAAAACAUGUGCUUCGCGCUACCUGGCAGUUUAUUGCAUUUAUGGACAGUGGCGAAUGUCCACAGAGAAAAGUAAACAUAUUUUUGAAAUGGGGAAGCUAUCCUGUUAUUUCUGAGAAUCUUGAAGCUGCUUAUCCAGCUCAUAUGUACAUAGAAAAUAAUACUCUUCAAGUAUCUGCUCUGACUGCUUUUGAGCCAAAGGAUAUGACUAUAGUUCCAGUCUAUAGUCCAGAGCCAGGCGACUGGUUUGUUGGUGCUUACUUGUCAUACUGGGAUGAAAAAGUUCAUCAAAAGGGCCUUGGACACAAGUGCCGUUACAGCAUAGGUUCGGUGGCAAUUUGGUCAGAAACUACUGGUAUAAAAAAUAUUCCUCUAGGAUACCAAUACACCAUGAAAACGAAAGAAACAAUCUCCUAUUACAAAAUAUUCAUCCCAAUGGACACAUGGAGUUUUCAAGUGGAUAUCUGGGGCUGCAACUUUAAACUCAAGAAGUCUCGAAAUUUUGUUGAGCCAUGCAUAAAGAAUUUAGAACUUAAAGGAAAUUCUCUUCCUUUUCAUAAUCACUCAAAUCCCGGACCUAUUGGAAAUUUGUCAUCAAUGGAUACUUACACUUUUUCGGAGCUCUCUCCUUAUCAAGACACUUGGUAUUAUCUGAUGGUAGUGUCAAGCAGUGCCAUCACUUUUAAUGUCAAAGUGACGCUAACAAAUUGCCCAGUGAGAACAGUAGAGGAGGUAUUUAUUCAUCAGUAUGUCCAUUCACCAGUUUACGUUAGAAAUGAUCAAUCAUACAUGAAAAAUGUAGAAGAUCCGCCUAUGCAGUAUUUUUCCAGCAAUAACCAAAGUCAAUUAAAAGAAAAUCCCAUUAUUACUAACGGUAAAGAAUUAAGUAUUGCAAAAGAUGAUGAUAAUUUAACUUCGUGUAUUCCGAGGUAUCAGCUUGUUAGGAUAAAACAUUCGCAAACAUUGUCUGGAGAUUAUUUAUUACGGGGCCGAGAGUUGCUUACAUCAUGGUUAGCCUUAACCGACACAUACCCAGUUAUUACUCAAUUUGAAGUUCUACCAUUGACGGAUAUUGGUGGAACGCUUGACAUUAAUAUGUGUCUUGAAAUUAAUAAGGUUUUGAGUAAGCAGCAAGUUAAUGUAAGUAUAUGUAUUAGUCGCGGACGUGUGCCUAAACAAAUAACGGGACAUAUAAAAUGUGAUAAUAGUAAUAUGACGAGGCAAUUAUCGACGAUGGGUGAUAUGCUUGAUGCUAGUCUUCUGAUACCUUAUCCUCAACCGGGUAUGUGGUAUAUUGCACUUCAAGCAACUUGCUAUAUGUAUGGAUUGCCGGUGCGCUGUGAAAUGGAGCAAAUAUUAGUAUCGUUGAGUAUUAAGUUGAGAGCGUGUGUCUUUGAGGGAGAUCAAUCUUGCGGCGAAUAUGGCGUUUGUCAAGAAAUUCGUAAGGGGCUACUUUAUUAUACUGCUUGCAAAUGCUUUGGAGGUCGCCAAGGAUGGGGGUGCACAGACAAUACUAACGCUUCUUCCAAAUUUGCAACAUUAUUGACGACUCUGAGUCUGACGCUGAGUAAUUUAUUUUUUAUACCUGCUAUAUGCUUGGCAUAUAAACGAAGAUUUUACACUGAGGCAUUGAUUUAUUUUUCUACAAUGUUAUUCUCUUCCUUGUAUCAUGCUUGUGAUCAACAAUUCACUACUUACUGCGUUGCCAAGUUUGAAGUUCUUCAGUAUUGCGAUUUCUUUUCUGGCAUUCUCGCCUUCUGGGUGACCUUUAUAGCUAUGGCUGAAUUGCCAAUUCAAUAUGAAUCUUUCUGUCAUAUGCUAGGAGCUAUUAUUAUAACUUUUGGAGUAGAGUCGGACAAAACUGGAUUGAUUAGUAUUUUAAUCCCCAUAAUCAUUGGAAUGCUGAUAUCGAUAUCUUCGUAUGGAUGCUAUUGUUAUAAAAUGAAGAAGAUGAUUUGGCCAAAGAGAUUAAUCCAAUUAAUUAUAGGCUUAUCACUUGCUGGAUUUGGGAUCUUGAUAUUUUCUUUAGUGGAGACUGAAUCUAAUUACCAGUACGUUCAUAGUGCUUGGCAUGCCGUCAUAGCGAUAUCGUUGAUUUUUUUGCUGCCGCCGAUGAGAGAAGAGCAAAUUCUUACUCAAAUUUCCGAUAAUACGUUAUUAAAUUACAAAGAAUCUCCGGAAGAUUCUGUGUUCAACGCUGAUGCUGGCCAGCAAGACGACCAUCUGAUAAUGGAAGUUAACUAAAUGUCAUUAUUUAAAUCGUGAUAAAGGCUAAACCGCCAAACAUUUACGUAUAGAUUAUAAGACAUAUAUAUUUUAUAUAACAUUUACUUGUAUGCCAUAGUAGUAUUGUAAAAGCAAGUCUGUGACUUGUUAAGUGCAAGAUUAAUCUAUUAGUGCACUGCCAGUGAGAAACAAAUAACUUCUAUAAUAUAUUUUAUAGUACUUAUACUA